UACCCUCCGCAAUUCUCGCAGCACUUCUGCCUGCGCCGAAGUCGUUGAAGUAGAGUUGUCCCUGCUGCGCAACCUCCAUUCCUAAGUGAUGGUAUCCAGGGCGCAGGGCGAGAAAGCUCGCCACUCAGACGAAGAUGCCCGGGGUGAUAAUGCCGGAGAAAAUAAAACAAGGCGAUGCAAUGCUGCCUUCCUGUUGUUGUGGAGGCUUACCAGCACCCCACCAACGGCUCGGCUGAUCUCAAUUCAGAACUGGCUCAGGCCCACCUUGCCGGUCAACAGCUCCGCGGACAGGAUGCCGAUGGCCGCGAACAUCGCGAAGCGACCGUUAUUGAGUUCCUUGUGGCGCAUGUCCUCGUCGUAGCCGAAGAUGUUGGACAGGCCCAGGGGGUCGCCGAAGUUGCCCACCUCCUUCUUCGGGUCCUGCGUCCACACCGCGAGCUCCAUGGCGCCAGCGAACAGAAACAGCGCCACGAAGCCGUACGUGCCCGGCGCCGUCGUCACCGCGCCCACGCCCGCAGGCACCGACUCGAAGGCGGGGCACUGGCUGUACUGCUGCGCCACGAACCCCAGGGCCGCCAUCAUUGAAGGGGCCCUGGGACACACAAAUAAAUACACACAAAUAAAGAUCUUCCCCAUAUUUUCCUAUAUUUUCUGAGUUUCUAUCUUCCCGCCCAAUUCCUAUAUUUUCUCAUAUUUUCUUGGGAGUCGACGAUUAUUUUCUUGUCUGUGUGUUUUUUCCCCUCCUGAAUCAUGGCCACGCGCCCGGGCUUGAGCUCCGCGGUGCGCAGGCUCCGGAAGCCCUCCUCGUCGCCCACCUUGCGGAACCCAGCCGGGUCGAAGAAGUCAUACUUGUAGAUGCAAACUGGCCCGCAGCCAGAGGGCACACUCCCACGAGUGACCACCGAGAGGACCACAAGCAAGGGGGGGGCCAGGGGGGCCAUGGCGCCCAGCUGCGUCGCCGGGUCGAACGGCGGCGGCGCCUCGGCGGCACGCCGCGCCGCACGCGCCAGCCGGCGCGCGGCGAGCGCGAGUGCGGCCGCCGCGCACACCGGGAGGGCGGCGCCCAGGCUGCCGCCAUGGGCCGCGCCGUUCUGCGCCGCGGGGGCCCUCGGCGCCAGCAGCGCGGUGGUCGGCGCGCUGGCCGACCGGAGGCCCGCCGAAGCGGGGGGGGCGGCGCCGACAAAGGUCAGGGGCAUCGUGCUGCCUUGCCCAGCAGAGCGGUGCCAGGUUCGAGGGGCAGCGCUGCCAGAGUUUCGCCUCGAACACACUUGAGCCAAAACGGCUGCAGUGCAACUUCCCCACACUUCACUGAUCAGUGCAACUCCCCCGGGCAUUGCUCCCGGAAGGGCUGGUGGGAC